UAAAGCUAUACUCCUUCUCACCCUUUCCACUCAUCCAUUUCUCACCCUUUCCACUCAUCCAUUUCUCACCCUUUCCACUCAUCCAUCACUCUAAAACCCCUUUCUUGAAUCUUUAGAUCAUCGGAAGCUUCGCGAGAGCAGAGAUGUUCCCUUCAUCCGCUAACUCCUUCUCACCGUCGUCGCUGUUCUCAGCGUACGCAUCCCUCACCGGAUUCUUUAUGCUCUUCAGAUCGAUGCUCCAAGAUUUCGUCCCGGUUCAGCUCCGAAACUACUUCUCAAGAUUACUCGACCGGUUCUUGACUCCUAAGUCGAAGACUCUCACUGUCAUCAUCGACGAGAACUUCGGUUCGAACCGGAACCAAGUCUUCGACGCGGCGGAGCUCUACCUCCGCAGCAAAAUCGGCCCUGAAACAGAGCGGUUACGUGUCGGGAAGACCCCAAAGCAGAAGCACUUCACGAUCUCCAUCGAGAAAGGAGAAGAGAUCGUAGAUUCGUUCGAGGGCUCCGAGGUGAGAUGGAGCUUUGUUCAGUCGGAGAAAGAGAAAGGUGAGCAAGUCAAACGCCACUACGAGCUCACCUUCGAGAAGAAGCUGAGAGACAAAGUCAUGACCUCUUACUUGACCCACGUGGUCGCAGAGUCUGAAGAAAUCAAGAGGAGCCUGAGAGUGGUGAAACUAUACAGCCAAGAUGUGUACGUUAACGAUGACGACAACGGUUGCGCCGGUGGGAACUGGGGGUGUAUCAGUCUCGAGCAUCCUUCGACUUUCGAGACGUUAGCCAUGGAUCCUGCUGCGAAGAAGAAGAUAAUCGAUGACUUGGAUAGGUUUCUGAAGAGGAGAGAGUUUUACAAGAGAGUUGGUAAGGCCUGGAAGCGAGGCUACUUGUUGUAUGGACCUCCAGGAACUGGUAAAUCGAGCUUGAUCGCCGCGAUGGCUAACUAUCUCAAGUUCGAUGUGUUUGAUCUUGAGCUUAGUAGUAUCUACGACAAUGGUGAACUGAAGAGGGUUUUGUUAUCCACCACGAAUCGUUCGAUCUUGGUGAUUGAAGAUAUUGAUUGCAGCGCCGAGGUUAGAGACAGGGAAGCUGAUGAGGAUCAAGAAAGCAAAAAAGAUAGAGGAAGGGUGACUUUAUCAGGGAUUCUCAACUUCAUUGAUGGGUUAUGGUCAAGUUUUGGAGAUGAGAGGAUCAUCGUGUUCACGACUAACCAUAAAGAACGGCUUGAUCCUGCGUUGCUACGUCCAGGAAGAAUGGAUAUGCAUAUCAAUAUGUCGUAUUGUACAGGGUUAGGGUUUAGGACAUUGGUUUCAAACUACCUUGGUUUAGAUGGUUUGAACCAUCCUCUAUGUGAAGAAAUCGAGAGGUUGGUUGAUUCUACGGAGAUUACUCCUGCUGAGUUAGCUGAAGAGUUGAUGCAGGAUGAUGAUACUGAUGUUGUUCUUGGCGGAGUAGUUAGCUUUGUUGAGAAGAGGAAGUUAGAGAAAAGCAAGGAUGUAUCUAUUUGUAAAGAAGUUGUAAUUAAGACAGAUGAUGACGAAAAACAGAGUGGUUGUACUAGUGGUAUGAGGAAUAGGAAGAAGCAAGCUGGUAAACGAAGAGGGAGGGGGACUCGGGUAGUAAAUGCCAUUACUUACUAGGAAGUAGAAAUGCAAUGACUAAACCAGUACAUGGUUUGGUUUGUUUUUGUCAGUAUCCGGUUUGAAACAUUGUAAACUAUUGUAAUUGAGUCUGGUUUCUAUUCAAUGUAAUAAAAUUGACAGGUUCUUGUCAACAAGUACCAAAGCAAGUAUCUUCAAUAUUAUUAAAACAUGAUCUUUAAUGAAAUUACCCUUAUUUUUC